UCGGGAAACAAAGAUAUUUGACAAAUGCAUGAGGUCAAACUUUUGCAAACUAUUGAUGACGCUAACCCAACGCUUAGUGAGAGAUUUGCAAUGUGAGAUUAACGUGAAGGAGCACAGGAGUUAAAGAUAGAAACUAGUUCAAAAGGCAGACAGGAAGUGACAUCUCACCCCCCUGUAGCCUCGCUCUUAUUACCUAAUCAUCUUUGGUUCAUCAUCAAACGUUUCUACCAGUUAAACGGUGAACUUUCAACACAACGGCCUGCUUGUUUUCAUCCCAGUUGAAUGGCUUUUUGUUUUUCCUCUUCUUUCUGGAACAACCUCAUUGUUCAAUGUGAUCAAAGGCUGAAAGAAACCUCCACCCCCCCCCCCCUUUCCUGCUCAUCCCCAGGUGAUGAAAGUCACUGAGGAUGUCUGUCUGUCGAGCUCGUGCCAACCAGGUUCCGUAAUGCGCUCUGAUAACAGCGCAAAAGGGAAAAGGGAGCAUCAAGAAUCCCCCUCUGAUUCAGGCAACCAUGGACGCCUUCAGCUCCAAGGACAUGGCCUUGAGGGCGCAGAAGAAGAUCCUCAGCUCCAUGGCCACCAAAAGCUCCGUCCAGAUGUUCAUCGACGACACCACCAGCGAGAUCCUGGACGAACUGUACCGCGUCUCCAAGGAGUACUCGGGCAACAAGCCGGAGGCCCAGAAGGUGAUCAAAGACCUGAUCAAGAUCGCCGUGAAGAUCGGCCUGCUGUUCAGGAACAACCGUUUCAGCACGGCGGAGCUGGGGGUGGCCACGGAUUUCAAGAAGAAGCUGCACCAGGGGGCCAUGACGGCCAUCAGCUUCUACGAGGUGGACUUUACAUUUGACAAAGCCGUGAUGGAGGAGCUGCUCACCAGCUGCAGGGAUCUGCUGCUGAAGCUGGUCCACACACACCUCACCCCCAAGUCCCACGGCCGCAUCAACCACGUCUUCAACCAUUACUCGGACCCGGAGCUCCUGACCAAGCUGUACGAACCCGGCGGCGCCUUCAGACCCAACCUCACCAAGAUCUGCAAAGGACUCAACAAACUCGUGGAGGACGGGACAAUAUGACCGUUGAACUCUUUUUGUAAAGUCACACGGACGCCGGGAGGUCAACGGGGGGGGGGGGAAACGCAGCCGAGACCAUUUGAGUCUUUGUUCUGCUGAGGACUUGCGACGCAAGACGAGAGAUUUAAGAACCCAACCGCUGCCACGUUGUUCUUAAAGAACAUGUGGGAUACAAAUACAGCUGAUUGACUUUUUUUUUAAUAGGAGAUAAAACGUGUAUAGUUGUAAUGAAUACCUGUCCUUUCAGACAAGGAACUAAACUUGAAGAUAAACCGGUUCACUAUGUAUCAGUCGUUAGUAAAAGGUAAAGUCAUCUAAUGUAAAUUCUUGAGACCCUGAAAUGUUUCGUUGUAAACUACUGAUGUUGUGCAUCCAGAUGAGGAGGAGUAGGAGGAGGAGGAGUUCAAACAGCUGGGAAGAUUGCAUAAAGAGAAGAGGAGGGGAACAAUGCCACUGUAAAGCAGCACUGCCUUCUGGUGGUGAAGACGAUGCCCGACACACUGGACGCGUGCACCGGGGCGGCCGAUAAUAAAGCAAAUGACCCACAGAGCGGACGAUGACGCACCAACACUGCUUCAAAAGCGUGAACACAAACACUCGACUCUUGAAAUAGUGUUGACUGAACAAGCUUGUACGUUGAUCUUAUGAUUUGUGUUAUUCCCGGAGGUUCGGAUUUCAGACAAUUGCCGAGAUUGAGAUCAGUGUUCUUUGGUUUUACAUCAAACUAAACAAUAAAAAUCAACGCAGAAAAAAGGAAAAAUGAAUCUCAGUUAAUUUAUUACAUGUUACAUUUUAAAACUAACUAAAUCAGUUGCCAAAGGAUCAAAAG